GCAUGCGCAGUGCUGUUGCCAGCGGGUUGGUUGGUUGGUUGGUUCAGGGCUUGUGUUUACAGCUCUGCUGGAUGCAGCUCGCCUGCUGAUGUUACUCGGGCGGUACAAUGUCGUGCCAACCGCCACCGGAGUAAAUACAACUGUGGGGAAACAGGGUGAUUUUGCUCAUCAUCUCCCACCACCUCCUCCUCCCGUCUUCCAUUCAUGAGCAGCGUGGCUGAGUUUAACAGCGGCAGCCAUGGAUGACAAAGGCUCGGUGGGGAAGAUUAGCGCGUCUUCGGACUCAGUGUCCACUCUCAACAGUGAGGACUUUGUCCUUGUGUCCCGGCUGGGGGACGAGACGCCAUCCUCCAUUAAUAAUGGUAGUGAUGACGAAAAGACAGGACUGAAGGUGAUUUCUGAGGAAGGGGUCAGCUUUAAGAUUGUGGGGAAUGGCAGUGAACAGCAGCUCCAGAGGGAGUUAGAGGAUGUCCUCAUGGACCCAUCGGUAGCUGGCGCUGGGCAAGGACCGGAAACAGGAAUGGACAGCUUCGGUGGGGGGGACCGUGGCCUUCUCCCCACUACAACGUCACCUGUAGCGCCAGGCUCUGACCCCCUGAGCGCAUCCCCACCCAAGUUGGAGAUGGUGCUACCUGUUCAGACGGCUCAGGAGAGUGAGCUGAACGAGAGGUCGUACCGCGCCGAUGAAUCGUCAUCAGAAGGCAGCCCUGGCAGUCCCAUUCCAGAUGAGGACAGCGUUGUGUUCAGCCAGCUCACAUAUCUGGGCUGUGCAUCUGUCAAUGCCCCUCGCAGUGAGGUGGAGGCCCUUCGCAUGAUGAGCAUCCUCAGAGGGCAGUGCCAGCUGCCCCUGGAUGUCACACUGUCUGUGCCAGGCGUGUCUGAAGGCACUGUCAGGUUGUUGGACCCCAACAACAGUACGGAGAUUGCCAACUACCCUAUCUACAAGAUACUGUUCUGUGUGCGGGGUCAUGAUGGCACUCAAGAGAGCGACUGCUUUGCCUUCACUGAGAGCCACUACAAUGCAGAGAUCUUCAGGAUCCAUGUGUUUCGCUGCCAAAUCCAAGAGGCGGUCAGUAGGAUAUUGUAUAGCUUUGCCACAGCAUUUCGGCGGUCAGCAAAGAAGGCAAUUCUGUCAUCUCAGCAGGCUGCUCCGCUCACCCCUGACAGUGACUUGUUUACCUUCACCGUCAGCCUGGAGAUCAGGGAGGACGAUGGCAAGGGUACCUUCAGUGCCGUGGCUAAGGACAAGGACAAACAGAGUUUCAAGCUGCGUGCAGGAAUGGACAAGAAAAUAGUCAUUUAUAUCCAGCAGACCUCCAAUAAGGAACUGGCCAUUGAGAGAUGUUUCGGUCUCCUGCUCAGCCCAGGGAAAAAUGUGAAGAACAGUGACAUGCACCUGCUGGAUCUGGAAUCAAUGGGAAAAAGCUCAGACGGGAAGUCUUACAUCAUCACAGGAAGCUGGAACCCCAACACGCCUCAGUUUCAGGCUGUGAAUGAGGAAACACCCAAAGAUAAAUUCAUGUACAUGACGACAGCAGUGGACCUGGUGAUUACAGAGGUGGAGGAGCCAGUCCGCUUUCUGCUGGAGACGAGGGUCAGAGUGUGCUCCCCGACUGACAGGCUGUUCUGGCCCUUCAGCAAGCGGAGCUACACUGAGACCUUCUACCUUAAACUACGCCAGAUGGAGCGCAAGGAGCGUAAGAGUCCUGCAUCUGACACACUUUAUGAGGUGGUGAGUUUGGAGAGUGAGGCUGAGAGAGAGAAACGAAAGACCACAGCAAGCCCCGGCAUCCUGCCCACCGGUCCUGGUACGAUGGCUCCUUCACCACCGGAGGAUGAUGAGGAGGAAGAUAACGAUGAGCCGCUGCUCAGUGGAUCAGGUGAUGUUUCCAAGGAGUGUGCAGAGAAGAUCCUGGAAACUUGGGGAGACUUGCUAUCCAAGUGGCAUAUGAAUUUAUCAGUUCGCCCCAGGCAGCUGCCGGCCUUGGUGCGGAGUGGCAUUCCUGAGGCUCUUCGUGGGGAGGUGUGGCAGCUCCUGGCAGGGUGUCAUAAUAAUGACCACCAGGUAGAAGAGUACCGCACUCUCAUAACAAAGGAGUCCCCUCAGGACAGUGCAAUCACCAGAGACAUUAAUAGGACAUUCCCGGCUCAUGACUACUUCAAAGACACUGGAGGAGAUGGACAAGACUCCCUCUACAAGAUCUGCAAGGCCUACUCUGUUUAUGAUGAGGAGAUUGGCUACUGCCAGGGACAGUCCUUCUUGGCUGCUGUGCUGCUGCUGCACAUGCCAGAGGAGCAAGCAUUCAGUGUGCUGGUCAAGAUCAUGUUUGAUUACGGGCUCAGGGACCUUUUCAAGCAGAACUUUGAAGAUCUGCACUGCAAGUUCUUCCAGCUUGAGAGACUCAUGCAGGAGUACAUACCAGACCUUUACAACCAUUUCCUGAACGUGGGUCUGGAGGCUCACAUGUACGCCUCUCAGUGGUUUCUCACCCUCUUCACAGCCAAGUUCCCUCUUUACAUGGUCUUCCAUAUCAUCGACCUGCUGCUGUGUGAGGGCAUCAGUGUGAUCUUCAAUGUUGCCUUGGCACUUCUGAAGACAUCAAAAGAUGAUCUGAUCCAAACAGACUUUGAAGGCGCACUCAAAUUCUUCCGCGUCCCGGUUCCAAAGAGGUACCGCUCUGAGGAAAACGCAAAGAAACUGAUGGAGUUGGCCUGUAGCAUUAAGAUCAGCCAGAAGAAGCUGAAGAAAUUCGAGAAGGAGUAUCACACCAUCAGGGAGCAGCAGGAGCAGCAGGAGGCCCCCAUUGAGAGAUAUGAGCGGGAGAACCGUCGUUUGCAAGAGGCUAACAUGCGCUUGGAGCAGGAGAAUGACGACCUGGCACAUGAACUCGUCAGCAGCAAGAUAGCUCUGCGCAAAGACCUUGACAACGCUGAGGAAAAGGCGGACGCCCUGAACAAAGAGUUGCUGCUGACCAAACAGAAACUUGUGGACUCUGAGGACGAGAAGAGACGACUGGAGGAAGAGUCUGCACAGCUGAAGGAGAUGUGCAGACGAGAGCUUGACAAAUCAGAAUCAGAGAUCAAGAAGAACGGCUCCAUAAUUGGAGAAUAUAAGCAGAUCUGCUCCCAGCUCAGCGAAAGACUGGAGAAACAACAGACAGCCACACGAGGAGAGCUGGAGAAAAUCCGGUCCAAAGUGGAAGGCUGUGAGAAGUGCAGCAGCCUCUUCAACAAAGAGGGUCGCGUGCGGGCCGCCGUGAGCACGGCGCCGGCCGGCAGCGCCGAGGAGACUGACGAGGAGAAGGAGGGUCUGAAGAACCAGCUGAGGGAGAUGGAGCUGGAACUGGCCCAGACCAAACUGCAGCUGGUGGAGGCUGAGUGCAAAAUCCAGGACCUGGAGCACCACUUGGGUCUGGCCCUCAACGAGGUGCAAGCCGCCAAGAAGACCUGGUUCAACCGGACGCUCAGCUCCAUCAAAACCGUCACUGGGACCCAGGGCAAGGAGACCACCUAACCUGACCGCCCCACGUCCAGCCAGUUCCAGCCAGACCGUGUCUGGAGCUCAGUGAGACUCCAGGGCCCUGAACGUAACUCACUGGGCCACAUCUUUAAACUUUGACUGUUAAAAAACCCAGGACGACCAUUACUACAGACUGUGUUACUUAUUCGCAACGUGUCCUUGUGUCUCCCCCCGUUCCCACGCCUACUGAUCUAAUCACCCUCACCCGUCCCUCUCCCCUCUUCGCCCCAAAUGACUACAGCCGACCGUGCUGAUGAGAAGGGGCUGAGAAAACACAAGAGACAGUACAAUGGUACCAUCGUCCCCCCGGAGAAACGAUGCGCUUCCACCCGUCAUGAAAGAAAAAGCGUUAAAAAAGAAAAUGAAGGAGAAAUGCUUCAUUGAUUUCUGUCUUUGUACUGCUGAUGUUGAAGACUGGCAGAAGGAAGGUAGGACAUGUGGACUUUGACUGUCCUAAUGGGAUAGAGAGGAAAACACAACGUGCUUCCUCCUACUUCUGCAUGCUCCCCUUAAAACUACUGGCACAAACCAACCAGUCCCUGUAACACGUUUGUCUUUCGGUACGAGAGCUAAUAUUCGCCUUUUCAAAACUGAGCUUUUUCUAAUUUACGUUGAACAAUUCCUUUCUUUUUCUAUGUAUAGUACACAAAUGUGCUUGUAUAAAGAGGGUGUUUGCGUGUGCGUGUGUGUGUGUCUAAGUGCACAUGUUUUUUUGUUUUGUGUGUGUUUGUGUGUAUGUGUUUGAGACCGUUAGAACGUGUUUGAAUGCAUAAAGAAUUGACUGAAAUACGUGUGUUAUAUGCGUUAUAUGCGUGUAAAAGAGAAAUACGGAGUGUGAAAGUCCAAGGGAAAGAAAAAAGCACUAAGGUUGUGAGUGUGUGAAUGCAUGCAAGGGAAAACAUGUCUUUGCCCCGUUUGUCCAUAAAUGUCCAAAUGUGUUUAUGAAUGAUGCUAAAGAGACGUUUUUGCUGACGAAGCCUUGAUCUGAAGGACGACAAAGAUGAUAAAAGUUAAGAUGAAUGUGUAAUUUACAAUUUAAAAACAAACAAACAAGCUGUUGUAACUAAAAACAGCAGCAUAAAUUUCCUUACAUCAAAUUUCAGACAUGCUUUUUGUGUUUUGGUUUUUUUUGGUUUGGAUCUUUCAGCACAAAGAAACUUAAAAAGGCUCCAAACCUUGAAAACCUCUGCUGCAUGUGUUCGACAGUGUGUGUGUUUGUGUAUGUUCCAACAUUGUUGAACCCCACAAUUGUGCAAUGAGCAUUGCUUAAGGAAGUGUGAAGGCAGAAUGGAAAACAAGACACAAUUCCUGCUGUAUUUGAACACAUCCUGCGAUCUUUGACCUUCACUGGCUCGGGUGGUUGAGCAGUGCGGCUGGUUGAGUUGUGUUCACCUCAGUUGGUACAGUUCACUGCGAUCUCUCUUCUCACCACCACACACGAGCACCGAUCUACAACGUCCACUCUCACACUCAGCACAAACACUCGGUGGCCACUUCAUUAGGAACCCCUGCCCGUUCACACAGUCAUCCGUACCCCUCCAGAUUUGCAGACGUGGUCAAGACGUUAUUGUUAAAAUAUGAGGACGACGUGAUCUGAAAGACGGCGGGGCACUUAUUAGAGGGGCAGUGGGCGAUUCUGAAGCAAUACAGGUUUUGAAAAGAAUCUGUAUUGCUGUAUGUAUAUCUGCGUCACCUGUUGUUGAUGGUUGGGUCAGAUUGGGCGUGAAACGUUGUAAAUCCUGUGUUGAUUCAAAGGUGUGGUCUGGUGGUGUCGGGGGAGGAGGUCUGCGUCCCUUAAAGUCACCGGAAUACCACCGGCAUUGUUCGCGUCGCGCUGAAUCUCCUCGCGGCCAGUGUGACAAAAGCACUCGUCAUUUCGAGACGGCUCCAGGAACAUGACAGAAACUCGUGUUCAUUCCGGCCGAGUGCACUCGAGUCUGUCGAGCACAUCGGGGGCUGAGGUGGAAACGGAGGAAACUAGAACAAGAAGCAGGAAACGAUGGAAUACUGUAUAUCGAACGGUCAUGAAGCAAAAAAACAACAACAUGUAAAACAUUUCAAAACAGCUUGAACAACUUCAGAUGGAAACCCCGAUGUUGCCCAGUAACAAGUGGCCACUGAGUGUGUAACGUCUCCAGAGGUCAAAGCAGGGGUCAAACUGAAAACCAGGGUGAUGGGGAAAAUGCGUUUGUGUGCUUGUGAGUGUUUUUUCACGUUUGACUGACGAGGGAGUCGGGGUCAACAGUAUACCAAUUUUAGUUCGUCACUACUCAAAUUAGAUUAAAAAAGAGAAAAGAACCGUGACUGUAAAAUCACAUCUAACUUGAAGGUGGAAUCUUGAUUGGCUGAAAUCUACUGGAGAUGUCGGAGGAAAAGUCCAGACGACAUCAGAAGAAACAAAGGGCCAUAUUCCUCUGAAGGCACUGGGUUGUACAUAACAAAAAAAAGUUUUUGUUUAUGAUUUUUCUACUACGUAACUAUAACUAAUGUUGCCUACUGGUACCUACCUACCUGCUGCCGUCGCUACAGUUUAAUCCACGACUACGUUUUGGGGGUUUUUAAUGAUUAUGUUGCUCCGAGCUUCUCCGUCACUCUGCUGUUUGGUUAAUUAAAACACCAAAAAAACGUAGCUUUAUCAUUCAACGGCAACAAAAAACAAAAAAUUAUCAACGUGUGGAAAUUGUAAUAGAGUAGGAUGCAUUGUGUAUACUUCAUGAAUUUCAAUAUAAAGAUAUCGACACAGAAA